AGCGAGGAGACGAGGAUGCACCAGGGUACAGCGUCGUCGACGACGCGGCGUCGCGGGCACCAGCACCACCCGCGACACGCGACGCGGCGACGUCUUGAUGCCUCGAGCCGCGGGGGACCCGCGCAGUGUGGUCCCACGGGCGUCGCGAUUCCCGAUUUCUUCCCGACCGACGAGGCUCCCCCCUCCGCCGAUGAAAACCCCGGGAAAAACGAAACUGCGACGGAGAGACGGCAGCUCGACGCCGAGUUGCGAGCUCGCGACGAACAGCUGAUCAAACCAGCUGACGAGCCGGAACAACAUUCCGAACGCCCCGUUCAAAGGCCCGCGCGGUGUGGCCGGAACGAGGCGAAGGCGACGAUUGCCGAUCCGACGGAGCCGAGUGCGAACUCCAAUCGACACCUCGGCCCGCGAAAUGUCUCCGAGAGGUCGAAGCACCGCCGAGGCGAAUCGCCGAGGAGCUUUCGAAUCGAGGCGAACAGGAGCCCCGAGCCUGAGCACGCGGUCGCGAGGGCUCGGGGCGACGGAAAUUCCGACGACGAGACGUCGAAUAUCGAGGAGGAUCCGGAGCUCGUCGAACUUGCCAAGAUGCGUUGCCCUAGCGAGCGGACCGAGGUUCAGGCCGAGAAGGAGGCCAGGCGACGCAAGAGGUGCGCCGAUUAUCCCGGACUCGCAUUCGGAUGCUCGAUAUUCUCGAGCGACACUAUGAUGAAGUUCAGCUUGAUUAAAAACGAGCUGCAGAAUAUAAUGGGGAACCAGCUGAAAAGGGCCGAAUCCGAAGUCGCGGCUCUCAACCGUCGCAUCCAGCUGCUUGAGGAAGAUUUGGAGAGGUCAGAGGAACGUCUUGCAACUGCCACCGCCAAGUUGGCCGAGGCAUCUCAGGCCGCCGAUGAAAGCGAGCGCGCCCGCAAGGUUCUUGAGAACCGCAGUUUGGCCGAUGAGGAGCGUAUGGACGCGCUUGAAAAUCAACUCAAGGAGGCUAGAUUCCUCGCUGAAGAAGCCGACAAGAAAUACGAUGAGGUCGCCCGUAAAUUGGCCAUGGUUGAGGCCGAUCUUGAGCGUGCCGAAGAACGUGCCGAGGCUGGAGAGUCAAAGAUCGUCGAGCUGGAAGAAGAACUUCGCGUUGUUGGUAACAACUUGAAGUCCCUCGAAGUAUCCGAAGAAAAGGCAAACCAACGCGAGGAGGAGUACAAAAACCAGAUUAAGACCUUGACGACCCGUCUAAAGGAGGCUGAGGCUCGCGCUGAAUUCGCCGAGAGGUCCGUGCAAAAGUUGCAGAAGGAGGUCGACAGGCUCGAGGAUGAACUGCUCAACGAAAGAAGCAAGUACAAGGCGAUUGCCGACGAGAUGGACCAAACGAUUGCUGAUCUGGCGGGUUAUUAGUUGUUAAAUGUCCGUAUGAGUCGAACGAUCCAGCGAUUAUGUAGAUUGUAAUUAAAUACGUAAUCUAUGAAUCCAUUAUCACACUGCCACAUGCUGGUCGCAUAAUUGAUUAUGUACCUAAUUCGCUGAUCGUUGUAUCUAUGAUGGGUAUAGCUGAUUCGAAACGGAGCGAGGGAUGAAAAAAUGAAACACAUCCAUCAACAUUUUCAAAAAACAAAAAACAAAAAACAAAAAUUGAACAAAAAAAGAAACAUCGCGAAUUAAGUAAGCAAGUAAAAAGUGUUCGUGCCGAUUGCGUAUUAUUAUAAAAUGUGAUUUCACGAGCUCUGUACCACAUAAUAUUACGUACACAAAAUUUGGGCUUGAUCGGAUAUCGUUGAUGUAUAUAAUAUUAUAAUAUUAUGGUACUGAAAACAAUUGGGAAUUUGAAUUUUGAAAUUGAAAAUAUUCCCCGUAAUUAUCGCUAUAGUCUACAUUGGCGUUUAUUUAAUUAUACAUCAUAUACGCUAUUUACGAAGGUUAUUUUGUGGCAAGGGCCUCAAACUGUACAGUAAAUAUUUUUUAAAAGUAAAACCACUCGACCCUUUUCGCAGCGUCAUUGCCUUUUAGUUCCAAUUGCUUGUACAGGUAUUCAGCUUAUCUAACGAGUGUACCGGUCGAAAGCGCAAAUUAUUUAGGCAAUAAUUCGGUCAACGAAGUAAAAGUAGAAGAACAUCAAAAAAAAAUAUAUCAAGAGACAUAAAAAAAUUAGGGGAGUGUAAGCUUAAUUGUAUAAUUAUACACAUACAACAGAGUACAAAAUUUAUAUCUGUGGCGGAACGACUCGACUUUGAACCCUAUUCUAUAAUAUAAUAAUAAAAACGAAGAUUGAAUGCCUCGAGUCGUGACAGUCUCAAUUUUAUGUAAUAAAAUACAUAUAUGCGCAUAUAUAUAUAAUAUAUAUAUAUAUAGAUAGAUAGCUGCCUCGUGCUACAAGUAUGAUUGUUAUUUGUCCGCAUUGGAUUUCUUUCUUCAUACUUUACGAAAUAAAUAUUGCUACGAUAUAAAAUUAAUACGCUACAGUUUGAAGUCCUUUCUGUUAUGAUAGUGUGGACAGAAGUAAUAAUUGCCUUGCUAAUGUGGUAGGUAUGCCUGUGUUCAUUAAUUUUGAUCAUCAUUUUGUGCCUAGAAGUUAGAAAGAGCAUCCAUGCCGCAGAUCGGUUCUCUAUUAACUUUCGUAAUUACUGUUAUUUUCACGAAGUACCGCGGUUGAAUGGACGUUGGAAAAUUUGAAAACAAUUGAAGAGUGAAAAUAAAAACUUGGGUUUUAUUUUUAGGCCAACUCUGUCCGACAAUAUUUUGAUUUGGUUAUUCAAUUUUCGAUUAUUUGACCUAGAAUUCAUCCGAUCUAAAACCGUCACAAUUUCGUUGUACAUGUGUAUUUACCACAUAUUAAAAAUUGAAGGGUCCUCUAUGUUAUAUUCAUAAAUAAACGGUAAAGAAACAAUGAAAGACACGUAAAAAAUCGAAAUAACUGUACCAUCGCUUAUUAGCUUUAGCUCUUACAUGCAUUACAUAAAAGAUAUAUUACAUAGCUUUGCCGCGCAGUUGUGGAAAGUGAAUUUUUAUUUUGUCGUCUUUACAGACGAUCAUACAAUUGCACUCACGUAAACUUUGUUACACACGUCAACGCAACAGCUUUUGGAUAUUCGUAUUUAACGUUGCAAAAACACGUCAUUUUAACGCAUCGUACGAUAUAUUUAGCGAUAGUGAUCUAUGUAAGGUAAAAUCAUAUAAAUUAUGUGAAAAUUGUCUUCAUCACCAGCUGAGAACGCCCUACUUUUUAUAACGGUUUUUUAUUACACGUGUGUGUAGUAAUGAUAAUAAUAAUUGGAGGUGUGGUGGAUUUACACGUUGAUGUUGUAAACUUUGUCGGGAAUUCGAUGAAAGGGAAGAAGAAAAUUGAUACGAGCGAAAGUGAAUUAGGCGUCGGACGAUCGUUCGAGAUUUUCAAAAGUUUGCUGCGAUAAACCGGAAAGAUUUGCAUUGAAAUUGCGAUGAGAAAUUGCACGCUGUACAAGCUUACGAUAUCGAUUUUUUCGUGCAGGCUAUUUCGCGAAAAUAAUAUAGCAUAUAUUGUAUUCUGAUUAUUCUUAAAUGAUCCAUUGUUCAAAUUCUUGCGGCUUGUACAUCUGCACGAGUCGAGGCUAGUUCGAUUAUACAUUUGAAUACUUCGAUUAAUACGCGUUUCGGAAGAUUCCGUCACGUUAGGCGAUUGACAACCUUUAGAAUUUAACGCUUAUUGUCAUAAUGCCGUUGCCAUUGUUAUUUUAUCAUUAUUAUGCUAUUAUUGAACUAUAAACGAAGUUAUUAUCAUCAUCGUUAAAUCACAUGAUUCUAUCUCGCAAGCCUUGGCUCGUGCUAAUGGUAGACGGACGUAAUAAUUAUUCAUAGUAAUAAAUUAAAUUGAAUAUAAAGAAAAAAAAAAAAAAGAAACAACUAAAAAACGUACGAGGCGUGAGCCCCGCGUC